AUGUUGGGAAGGAAUGAGAAUACCCUCAUGCCAAUUAAGAAGGAUCCCCUGCUUAACCAGAGUGGCAGCGAGAGUUAUUAUGAGAGGAGUACUAGCAAUGUGAUCAAUGUCGGAAAAUAUCUGGAAAGCAUACCACGAGAGAGAGCAAUGGGGCUUGAAAGAAACAAAAUAACUCCAUCUGCAUCAAUUGAUCAUAAUAUGAAGAACCAUACUUACGAAAACCCCUUGAGACCGAUUUCACAGUCAUUCCGGAAGUCGGUGAACACCAAAGCUCAUAACAACGACUUAGACGACAGUUAUACUCCAUAUAAGAAUCCUAAACAUCUAGGAAAUAACUCCUUGGACAGCAGAAUUUCAGGUCGGUCUUCUCUUUCAAAGGGAAGUCUUUUGCAAAAAUAAACAAGUCAUGAGUAAGAGCCUUGGGAAAAUUAAUCAAAAGAAGCUCUCAAGUUAUCGUAGCAAUAUUAGGAUAACUCCUGAUACAGAAUUAUUCGAUUUGAGUAAACUACAAGAUUUCUUCAACCACCUUGAGAUUUCUCGACCUCGAGAUGAAGACAUUAUCGAUGAUGAGGAUUUCAUUGAGCAAAUGGAGGCUAAGAAUCAAGAAUUAUUUACCAAGAUCAAGACCAUGGCUAAAAAUAUCAAGGCUGUGUGCCAAAAAGUUACUAAAUUUAGAAAUGAUAGGAGGAAUCGCCAUUUACAUCCUGAUCAUGAGGAUAACCCAGACCUACAUCUUCGCAAGGAGCAGCUGAAAGGACUAUACAAGUCUAUCAUGAAGGAAGAAACAGAGAUGUUCCGUAUCAGAAGGAUCUACGAGUCUAAGCUGAAUUGAAAUGAUCAAGUGCUGACAGACAUCCAGCAUCAGAAUGUAAAGACCAAAGAGAAGCUUCAGAAUUACUCCAGGAAAAGAAAGAGUGAGAUGAAGGCAAUGAAGGAAGUCAAGAAAGGCCUUCUUCACCAGAUCGAGGCACAGAAGGAAGCCAAAGCUGAGCUUACAGAUAAGCCUGAAGUUGAUGCUAAGAUUUUUAAAAUGGAGAAAAUUGUCCAUGGCCAAAAAUACAAGUUCAGAGACUUAAGGAACCAAGAGAAGGAAGCACGUAAAAAAGCUAUUAAGAAACAAGAUGAAGCCAUUGAGUUAGACAGAAGCAUUCGAAAAUUGAAAUAAUACUUUGCUGAAAAUCAAGAAAGACGAGAAAAAUAAGCUUCUGGGAGAUAAUCCUGAGCGAGUAUUCGUAAUUGAUAAAGAACUUAUCCUCCGUAAAAAGCGCAUCUAUGAGUGCAACUUGAAGCUUAAGAAGAGAAGAUGAGACCACCUUCAGGAGGAAAUUAAUGCCACUAGGGAAAAGUUGCAAGAAGUAUUUUCCAAAAUAUUAAACCAAUCAACAGAGAUGAAGGCACUUAGAUCAACAUCACAAGUUAAGAGCUCUACCAGUUUUAAGGAGAGUUCCAUGGAAAGAAUUACCAGGCACGAGACCGACCAUCCGUAUAGAGAAAGCAAGAUGAAACAGAACAGAGGAGCCGACUCUUUGUAGCAUUU